GCCAAAUCCAACCAACUGCCACGUUUUUUUUUCUGGCAUUGCGACACAAUGACGUACGACACAAGAGAAGAUAUUACGUCACAUCUGCUGUGACGUAAUGGCUUACGGCCAAUAACAACAAAAAAAACUUGUGGCAUUGUUCAUAGUAUCGGGAUGUAGCCAAGUUACGUGGAAAUGUAAUUUCACAGUAUGAAAAACCGGGGUAUUCCCCAUGAGUUGUACCCUAUUCUUGUCUGCCGUUGCUUUUGUUGAGAUCAAUACUUUAGUCUCGAUUCUAGUCUUGCGUUGUAGGCAACUGUUAAAAGUGAACUUCAGAAUGGGCAUUGAGGGUUUUGAAAGCUUUUGCAAAAAAUAUACAGAUAAAAAUUUUCAAAGUGUUACCAUUCGAAACGAGAUACUGGUUAUAGAUGGCAGCGAACUGUUGUACCAAAUAUACAACGCUUGUACGGGCAGAGCACCGUUUGACCAAUUUCGGGAGCAAACGAUCAAGUUUUACACAAAUCUUCGCACUUGUGGCAUCCGACCAGUUGUUGUGUUCGACGGAUUUAAAUUUGAGUCAAACCACGAAAAGUACAUCAAGAAAAGGGUAGAAAUUAUUCGUAGAAUGCGACAAUCCAUUGGAAGGGGAGAAGCAAAAGAACCGAACAAGUCACACCUUUGUGGUACAAUCUUAGAAGAGGUGAAUCAAGAAUUGGGAAUACCUGUUGUUAACGGUGCGGGAGAUACAGAUUCCAGCACAGCAGCAAUUGCUAAUCUACUUCGUGCUAAAGUGCUGGCGAGUGAUACGCAGUAUUGCGUGUAUAACUUGAGUGAUGGUUGCCUGCCGACCAGAUACUUCAAAUCGAAUAAUGAUGCGGAAAUCAACAAGGAAAAAGGCAUCCAAGCAAAGCUCUACCACAUUGAGAGUUUUUCACGUCAAUAUCAUAUUCCCAGCAAUGUGGUUUCGUACCUUGACAUAUUCUUUGGCAGAAACUCUUGCUUUCCGCAGAAAUUUUUUCAGUCGUUUGUCAGUCUACGCUUCAAGAACAAUGGGUCCUAUCCUCAACAUUUGACAAACUACUUCAGAUGGAUGGCUGAUAAUUAUACUACGGAUGACGACCUUAUAAAAAGUAUCAUCGCCUCUUUGGGAAACAGAGAUGAUCACCUUAACAUCCAAGGACGUUUGGAAGAGCGCCUCGCAUCCUUUCGCCAUCCUCGAAUUUCUCGAAGAUUUCGUUUAAAAGUGAGAGAGCAAGUGAGAGACGAAGAAAUGUCAAACCUCCUUUUAAACAACGAGCAUGAUGCGGAGGAGGAUGAAAACGAUGAGUUGGCAGAAACUAACUUAAGGGAAAAUAUACCAAGCUUUGCCCAUGAUAUACUGAAAAAAACACCUACAGGGGGAGAUAAUCCAAUACGAUUUCUUCGAGUUUUGAUGAGUAAACCGGAAGAACCAUCACCCCACAAUGCAACGAGAGCCUUGCGGCGACAAAUGUACCAACUUUUGGUGACAGGAGAUAAUUUGGUUGUGGUUGAAUACGAUAGAGUCGAGGACGACUAUACUGAGGUGGAAGAAAUCCGUGUGAGACGUCAAAGAAACCUGAACCCAGCGUUGGUUGAGGUGUACGGCAACCAGGAAAAAAACCCAGAAUUCAUUGAGUUUAGGAAACAACAUAUUCUAUCUAUACUGGUCGGGGACGAAGACGCAGUUCGUCAAUUUGAAGAUUCUUGCUCAAACAUCAGUGAAGAGUUGAAGCUUCUGCUGGCAUGUGGGGUGUACUGGAUCAGAAAUACGGCACCGGGAGAUACAGCGAUAUCCGCACUUGCCUUCACUGUCAGCCUGAUUUACUUGAAGUCUAAAGAUGGUGGUGAUCGUCACCGACCGCUCAUGCAUGGGAUGCGAUCAUCGUAUCAGGAUAUCAGCAUGGACUACAUACAGAUAUCCAGUCAAUGGCUACUUUGCAUUGAAGAAGCAAUCGAGUUUAAUAGACUUCUCGAUUACCCGCUGGUCCAGCCGCCUAUGGGAAAGUGUUUUAACGGCACAUUUUUCGAGGCGUGCAUGGCCGGGGUCGACAGAGGCACACAAGUCGCUGUUAUAAUGCAAGAGAUUGAAGGUGGCCGACUCUACAGCGACAUCAUGCGGGUUCUGAGCCUUGCCUAAACUGAAAAACAUUUUUAGUGGACACGGCUUGAUUUUCUUUUGAACAUAUUUAAUUAUGUCAUGAUUUGUUUAUGCACUAAUUUUGUAUAUACUUUAACACUUGAACGUUUUUAUUUAACUGCAGCAUGUUUUACUGUAUACCCUUUAGUAGUUCAAUUUCUGUAUUGUUGUAACUAUAUGUAGCUUAAAAUAAAUAAAAUAAUACUGAUUACA